AUGGAGGAGUUCUUGCUCUCCACUCCGAUCAAUCCCAACAACUUCCCGGCCAAGUUGUGGCGCAUCGUCAACAGCCCCCGGUACCGCUCGAUCCGCUGGGAUCCCCGCGGAGAAGGGCUCAUCGUCGACCAGCAACUCUUCGAAUCCGAGCUCCUCACCCCCAUCAAGAACGUCAGCAACGGGGCCAACUUGGAGCCCGACACCGACUUGCUCUUCAAAACCACCAACUUUACCAGCUUCAUCCGCCAGCUCAACCUUUACGGCUUUCGAAAGAUGGGGCAAGGCAGUGGCGAGCACCCGGUGCCGGGCGAGUUGGGGGCAGGGGAUGGGCUGCUUCACCAUUUCCACAACCCCAGCUUCAAGCAGGACCACCCAGAGUUGUUGAUUAACAUGAAAAGACUAACCAGCGCCAACAAAGCCAAGCUGGCAGCUGGGCUCCAGGUCAACACCAGACCACCCAACCGUUUCCAGAGGUAUCUCACCAACUCCAUGGACUCGAUUGGCCAGACUAAAGGCGACCGACAUGGGCCUGUGACAGUUGGACAACUUCAACGAACAUUUCGCAGAGAUAGCUUGUCCCCAUAUCCAUUUAUGUCACCUACCCACAAUCAAAGUUCCUUGCACACAGUAUCCAUAAAAAGUUUGUCAAGUUCUAAUACCGGAGGCCUAGAUCGAACCCCUAUUCCACCACGUACAUGGCAUAGCUCAAUUGGACUGGUAGCUGGACAAAUGGAUACAACUUCUUCAUCUCCAUUUACUGAGAAAGCAAUUCCAUUUUCUGUCAUACAAAGAUUUCCUACUGAAGUCACCUACACACUGCAACCUAAUCCCAAUAAUGUCCAUGUUCAGCAAGGAUCACAAGAGAUUGGAGCUACUGGUCAGAAAUAUACUGGUUACCUUACCUCUCCACCACAGUAUCAUCAGGCUUUCUAUCCAACAGCUGUCUUGCAAUGCUGUCCUCCUAACUCCCAUCUGGAUCCAAUGACAGGUUGUCCUAACACAAACACUUCUUCUUAUCCUAACUACAACUAUUUUCAGAAUGCUGCCAUGCAGUCUUCAUACCCUGUUGAUGUUCUACACAGCAAUGCAGCAGCCUGGCACUGCACUGCUACAGAUGAAUCCAAAAAGUCUGAAGUUAACUUGGAAACUGUCUUUCAGAUAGUGGAUGAAUUAAGGGCAUCUCCAAAGCUUCAGUUGGUGAAAAUGGAUACUGUAGAGAAUCCAACACAAAUUCAACAAUCGCAGGGCAGUCAUCAGGCCCCCAGCACUCCAACAUAUACAGACGAUGCAGCAGCCAACGUUCAGUCUAUGGAAAUUGAAUCUCUCACUUCUACAGUGUCAGAGAUUAAGUCAUUCGUGGUAACAGGAGACCAGCGACUUACCUGUGCGCUGCCUUCAGCAGCUGAUAGUGUGCACUCAUCUACCACACAGCCAUCUGAAAUUACAUCCACUAUGAGCAUUGUUCCAGAAUCAGGUCUGUCUGAGCAGUGCCCACCAGAAGGAGAGAUGCGCAAGCUGUGUCACAACACAUCUCUCCAUCCUAUAGUAUUUGUUGAGAAUGGACCAGAAUCUAAUUCUGAAAGAACAGUACAAAGCACUGACUAUCAGACCGGCUCUUUGGACUCUAUCCAGACCACUGAUCGAUCAAGAACCAUUAUUUCAGCACUACUUUCUGACUAUGAUAUACCUAAAGAGACAAUUGCAGCUAAUACUACAUCCUCUACCCCUAUCAAAUCCAGGCAACGACAAAGCAGUGGCCAGCAGACCAAGUCUCCAGUACAAAGAGGAGAAAUCAAAAAUUUUUAA